UACGUAAUAGACAAAGUUUCACCUCCAAACCAAAAUUAAUUCGCACAUUCCUUUGGGCAAAAAAUUCAUUCAUUAAAGUGAAAUUAGAUUAAAUUUGGGUGUGCAGAGGAAUUCGGCUCCUCAGCAUCCUUUCGGCGCCGACUACUGGAGGACACCACAUCCCAGGCCCCACCAGAUCGCUUUCACUAAGCUCUAACCCACUUUCCCUAGCCCUGGGAGUACCUGAGCAGCACGCUCGCUAUACACACGCAGAGCGCAAUGGCGAACGCAGUGCUUUUGGGUUUUCUGGUCAUGUGUCUCGUCUUCAUGAUCCUCAACUUUGACUUUACCGAGGCUGUUCUCACUCCACGCGCGCCAAACUUCCAGUAUUUUGAAAGGCCAAAGUACAGAUACCCUUACUACGACGAAAAUGGACGUGGCAGAUUACUUUAUGGAUAUGGGGGGCCUGAACUUUUCCAAUACAAAUCCUACUCUCCUCUGGAAGGAAUCCACUGAUAAACUAAAAAACUCUACAAAUGACUGCUCUUUAACUUAAGAAUUAGAAUUUAUCACAGAAAAAUAAAUACUUAAUUUUUUGUUA